UGUUGGAACUGGAGUAGACAAAAUUGUUCCUCUUCCGAGUAUUAAACCAAAAAACACAGGUGUGUUACUCUCGAAGUGAACACAUUUGUUUAAGCAAUUUGAAUUUGAUACCUAGUCUCUUCUCUUGGAAAUUGCAUGGUUUUGUACACACAAAUGAUUUGCCAGCUGAAUUUAAACGCCUCUUUUGUCUCCCACCGCGCCACACUUCCAAAACCCCUCUCACAUCCAUCUCCCCUUUCUCUCAAAGUUCGGUGCUUUCGCGCCCCUUCUCCUCCCAGUCCCCUUCUCUCGCCACCUCCACCCAAACGACUCUCUCGCCUCGCCAGAACUCAAAUUCAGCACGUACUAAUCGAUUACCUCCACUCCACGCGCGGCCACACCUUCACCGACGCCGAAUACAUCGCCACCAACUCCCCGCGCUUCCUCCAAUCACUGCUCUCGAUGAUCGACGACAAAGACGACGACGUUUCCCGUUCGCUGCGAAAGUUCCUCAGGUAUAACCCCAUUAACGAGUUUGAACCCUUUUUCGAGAGUUUGGGAAUCGACCCUUCCGAGUUGCAUUCGGUUCUCCCACGUGGAGUGUUUUUCUUGGCUGAUGAUUUUGUCUUACUUGAUAACUUUCAUGUUUUGUGUAAUUAUGGGCUCCCCAGGAAUAGGAUGGGGAAGCUUUAUACGGAUGCAAAAGAGAUUUUUGGGUAUGCUAGUGGGUUGUUGGCUUUAAAGUUAGGAGCUUAUGAGAGUUUGGGUUUGAGUAGGUCAACUGUUGCCAAGCUUGUUGUUUGUUGCCCUUUUCUUUUGGUUGGUGAUGUUAAUUCUGAGUUUGUUGCUGUGCUUGAUUGGUUGAGAAGCAUUGGGAUUGAAAGUGAUUGGAUGGUGAGUUAUUUGUCUUGUUCAAGGGCGUAUAGUUGGAAAAAGAUGCUUGAUACCAUGCAGUUUCUGAAUAAAGUGGGCUAUUCUGAGGAACAAAUGCGCAACUUGUUUAGGGGGAAUCCGAAAUUGUUGUUGGAAGGUUUUGGGAGGAAGCUGUACUUGUUUUUCGGUAGGUUGCUUAAGGUGGGUGUUGAGAUAAAUGUGAUUUAUUCUUAUUUUGUAGAGCAUCCCGAUAUCUUGUCGAAUAAGUGUGCGAAAAAUUUGUUGAGAGUGAUUGGUUUUUUGUGUGCUAUUGGAAUGGGGAAAGAUGACAUUGCACACAUUUUGUCUGAGUACAUGCAUCUCUUGAGUACACGUUCCUUUAAAGGUCAUAAAACUGUUUGUAAGGAAUUAAAAGUUGGAAAAGAUGAUUUGUGCAGGAUCAUAAAGGAUGAUCCGUUGAAGCUAAUUAGUUUGGCAUCAAAACAGGAACAGAAGGGCGAUGGAAAGGUAGAUAGUCACGACCCACGUAAUUAUUUGGAAAAAAUGACUUUCCUGCUGAAAUUGGGAUAUACUGAGAACACUGAAGAGAUGGCAAAAGCAUUGAAAAUGUUUCGAGGGAGAGGUGAUCAAUUACAAGAGAGGUUUGAUUGUCUGGUAGAAGCUGGUUUGGACUAUAACAGUGUGAUAGAAAUGAUAAAACGAGCUCCUAUGAUUCUAAACCAGAACAAAUCUAUAAUUAAAAAGAAGAUUGAUUUCUUAAGAAAUGUUUUAGGUUACCCACUAGAAUGUCUCGUGGGAUUCCCAACAUACUUUUGCCAUGAUUUGGACAAAAUUGUUGAAAGACUUUCAAUGUAUGCGUGGCUGAAGGAGAGGAAUGCAGUAAAUCCUACAUUAACCUUGAGUACCAUAGUUGCAUCCAAUGAUAAACGCUUUCUAAAAUACUUUGUGAAUGUGCAUCCUCAAGGUCCAGCUGUCUGGAAGAGUUUAAAAAGGUUAUCAAAUAAAGAUAAAAACUAAUGGUUUCUUAUAAUGUAUCCAAGUUUUGCUAAGAUGUCUAUUGAUCUUGAUGUAUGCUUCACUAGUUCUUUGUAUCAUACAAUUGUAUCUGGAGUCCCUUGCCACUCUGUUUGUUUACACACAAUGAUACUAAUGUUUCUAUUGUUGAUAAUAUUGUCUACCUAUUAUUAUGCUGUUUUACUGCUACUUGAAAGCAAUUGCUUAGGUACAUAAACUAUCUGCGAAAGAGGUGAUUCCCUUGACACCUUGGAUGCUGGAAAACAUGGUUUCUUUAUGUUAUAAGGAAGAAAGGGAGAGUCCAUCAAAAGAGGAAGCAAUUGGAAUACUGAGUAACCCUUUUGGAACUAAAACAUCAUAUUUGCCUACGAUAUUGGAUGGUGAAAACAAAUUGUGUGACUCUAAGCCAGGUUCUAUUACCAGCAUAGGUGGAUCAGUUGUCAAAUGUGAUGAAACCUUGACAGAAUAUUUUCCGGGGCUUCUUGUUUGCCAGCUGUGGAAGCUGUUUUAGAGACUAAAAUGCAGCAAUUCCAUAAUUCACCUGAUACUUUUUCUUCACCAUUUCCACCUGGUCAUGACAAUUGACAAUGCAUUUGAAAAGCAUUUUCCAUCUGGGUUGUACAUACAGCCACUGCAUCUCAUGAUGAGAAGAGUACAGCUGAAGCUAUUAUAAUGCAUAAAGAAUCUGAAUCGGAAUCUGAAUGUAUACUCGGUAUCUCAGACGAUGGAAGUGUUGCAGAUACUUUUAUUGCUGGAGCUGGAAAUUUCAAUUUGGAGAACAUUUUUCUGCCUGUUGAGGAAAAGUAUGCCUGGCAACAACGAUGUCCAAAUCAAAAUUGUUGAGGAAAUUGCUGUGGAUUCUCUAUCUGAUGAAGAAAAGCAAUAUGUGUAUAGAUCACAGGCACAGCUGCUGACUGAUAAAUUUUGUGAUGACCAAGGGUCCUUGCUCAAUGAAAUAGUUCAAGAUAUCGUAAACAAGUGCACAUUUAGCAUCUCUCUCGCAUCACAUCAGAUAGAGUCAAUCAUUUGGUCAAUGCCACUAGAAGCAGUUUUGAAUAUUAUGAAAGAGAACAGGACCCUGCAGCUUGAUAUGGAAAUCCUUGGAAGUGUGUAAAAGCAAUGUAGAAAACUUUACGAAUCAUAAUAUUUGGUCAAGAAGAGGUAAAGCUACUAGUGCUCCCCAGGUUCGAACUAGCAAGGGUAUACUUACAAACAGCCGAUGUUGACGCUGAAGUUGCAAUGAGCAAUAAGAAAGAUAUCAUAAAUAAAAUUAUCUCUUAUGAGUUUCUUUUCAUUAAGUUCCUUGGUGAACUUGGGCAAUCUGAUUUAGGCAGUUUGCUAAAGCAUGAGCGUGGUUUAUUUAUAUGAGAAAUUUUUUUAUUUUUAAUAUUGUAAGCAAUAUGAAUGAACUCUUCAACGACAUUUAUUUAUUUAUUUAUU